UGUGUUGACUGGCAUUGCGUUCAAAAUGCCGUUAACAGUGAUGUGAGUCUCUCUUUCACUGUUGAAUGUGUUUCGCCAGAUAUUGCACAAGAAGUGGACAUCACUUGAUUGAUGCCAUCAUUACAUUACACGCCAAUAGUGUCUACCAUUAAAAUAGCCAUCGUUUUGAUGCCAUCAUCUCAUCGGCGACCGCAUCCCUACUGAAGACGAUUUUUGUUUUGCCCGCAAAACAAUUGAUUCAAACAUUAUUUUGAUAUGACUUUUAAUGGAUAUUUACAAGCCAUCAGAUAUUUGACAACACAAACCAGUUUUGCAUCAAAUCAUAAUAAAAUGCAUACAAUUUAUAUGUUUUUAGUGAUAGUAUUAAGUUUAUUAAAUGGUAUCCAAUGUGUUCAAUCGCCCCCAUCUAUCAUCAAACAACCCCCUUAUGAACAACUAUAUCAGGUCUCGCAGUCCAGUGAUGAGGCCGACCGACCCUUUGUGCUCGAAUGCGAGGCCAAAGGAGAUCCAGAGCCUACUUAUCGGUGGAUUAAAAACGGUUUAGAAUUUAAUUAUGUCGCGUAUGACAAGCGAAUCAAUCAACAGCCGCGUAGAGGCACUCUUGUCUUCACUAAACCCGAUAGUGUGGACGAAGGGCUGUACCAGUGUUUCGCAGAGAACAAACACGGCACUAGUGUCUCAAACGCCGUUUUCCUCCGCAAAUCAGAACUCAACUCAUUCGCCGACGAAGAGGUGCAGGACGUCUAUGUGAGCGAAGGAGAGCCGCGCACUAUCGACUGCAACCCUCCCACCGGUUAUCCCAAGCCAUCCAUCUUCUGGAUCAUACUCUCCAAUACAGGCGCUCUCCGAAGUAUUAACAGUUCGCGUCUGACGGUCGACCCGGAGGGCAGACUCCACUUCUCAAACGUGACCCGACAGGACAUGUUCGACGACGCGAAGUACGCCUGUUCUGCCACUUCGGUCUUCAGGACUGAAUACAAAGUCGGCGGCAAAACGAAUCUUAAAGUGGAAGCAUCGGGUACUUCAGGACAGGCCAGUCAUCCGCCUUUAAUGCAAUACACAUCUCCGCCAUCAGUGCCUGCGCUUAAGGACCAACGGUUAGAAUUGCAUUGUAUUUACGGGGGAACUCCACUCCCGGACAUUACUUGGAGCAAAAGGGGCAGUAGACUCGACGGGUCCCGAUUCACAUACAACAACUACGGCAAGACUUUAGUUAUCAAUAAAGUCGACUUCAAUGAUGAAGGUGUGUAUGAGUGCACCGCCAGUAACGGCAUCGGUAGCCAAAAAACUCACGCCAUGGAAGUGAAGGUAAAUGCGGCCCCGUUUUGGAUUGAAUACCCGAACGACACGAACGCAGCCGAAGGCGAAACAGUUUCCUUCAAAUGCAUUGCGUCGGGAAUUCCCGAACCAAAGUUGCAAUGGUUUGUGAACGGAGUGCCCAUUGAAAAGGCGCCGACUAAUAAUCGCCGCAAAGUGGAGGGAACUGUUCUCACUGUGAAUGAUCUGAGAGAGACUGUGGACACAUCGGUCUUUCAAUGCAACGCAUCCAAUGUUCACGGAUACGCCUUCAGGGACUUCUAUCUCAAUGUACUGAAACUCCCGCCCACUAUCACAGAACGACCCGAACCGGUCUCUCGGGCUGUUGUCACUCAAACGACAACAUUAAGGUGUCGAGUGUUUGGAGCGCCCAAACCGAUCGUCAAAUGGGAAAAGGAUGGACAGGAACUGACCGGUGGUCGGUAUGAAGUGCUCGAUAGCGGAGACUUAAGAAUUACGGGAGUGUUGAUGACAGACACCGGUAAUUAUAAAUGCAAAGCAACCAAUCGUUUUGGCGAUGAAGACGCGAGCGGAGAGUUGCAAGUGAAGGGAAAGACAAAGAUAUCACACGCGCCCGAAAACUUUGAAGUGGCCGCACGUAAAAUGGCUGUCUUCCGGUGCAACGCUGAGGCCGACUCAACCCUUUCCCUCGUGAUUGAGUGGGCGUUCAACGGGAAAAAGAUAGACUUAGACCACGACCCGCGUAUAGUACAGGCGGCCGACAAUUCGCUCACAAUCACGACCACCAAAGAACUGGAUUCCGGUAUCUAUACGUGUGUCGCCAAAACUGAUUUGGAUUCCGACACACGAGAGGCCACUCUUACCGUUCAAGACGUUCCCAAUUCGCCCGAAAUUAUUGGCGUUGAAUGCGAUGUGAACACAGCGCUCGUUGAAUGGCAGCCCACCGGUGAUCGCAGGGCACCCAUACUUAGUUACAGCAUUCAAUUCAACACGAGUUUCUCGCCGGACAACUGGGAGGACGCGUUCGUCAACAUCCCGGCGCCCGACACUAAAUUCAAAGUAGCGAUGAGCCCGUGGGCUAACUACACAUUCCGAGUGAUCGCCCGCAACAAAAUCGGUUCGAGCGAAGCGAGCGGUGCGUCGAGUAUGUGCUCAACGCAAGAAGAAGUGCCGCAUCGGAACCCCGAGAACGUUGUCGGCAGAGGAACGUCACCCGACAAUCUGGUCAUCAGAUGGACACCAAUGCCUCCCAUCGAACACAAUGGACAGCAUUUCUUUUACAAAGUGUUUUGGAAGCGAAACGACAUUCCGGGCCUUCCGUGGGAUACGAAAGUGAUUGACAACUGGAAAGAUGCCACUCAUGUGAUCUACAAUCAGCCCACUUUCAAGCCCUACCGCAUACGAGUGGAGGCGCACAACCGCAAAGGCCAGGCGCACAUUCAGGCCACAGAAGUGAUCGGCUAUUCGGGUGAAGACAAACCGCUGCAAAUACCGCAGAACUUCCGUUUAGAAGAGAUCAGAGACGCGAAGGCGGCGAUGUUGUCGUGGAAUCCGGUACAGCCCGACAGUGUUAGGGGACACUUCCGCGGCUAUAAGAUCCAGACGUGGGUCGCCGAAGAGGAUCAGAAGCAUAUGCGCGAAGUGUCGAUCCCACCGAACGUCACUCAAGCGAUUAUUAAUAUUCUUAAGCCUUUUGCUAAAAAUUACGCCCGAAUUGUGGUCUUCAACGACGCCUAUAGCAGUGAUUAUUCCAAUGAAAUCAUAAUCACGACUCCGGAGGGAACUCCUGGUCCCGUGUCUUCGUUCGACGGCAUAGCUCUCGGAUCGAACGCAUUGUAUCUGUUUUGGGGACGACCUGAAGAGCCCAAUGGUGUGCUCAACGGUUAUCGUAUAUUCUAUGAGAAAGUGAUCGGAACUCAAUUAGACAGUAGACUCGAACGGCACCCGAAAAUCGAAGACCCGAUGCUAACCAAUACCAGACUCGCGGGACUUAUGCCUCAAACCAAAUACAGGGUAACCAUUCACGCGACCACUUCUAAGGGAUUGGGAGAAUCCUAUUAUAUCGAACUGAGCACUAAAUCCGAAGACUCGGCUGAAUAUCCGGAUAAACCGUCGUUUGAAUGGUAUCACAGAAAGACAAUUGACGGCAAGGAUGAGCUCAGAGUGCAGUGGAAUCCCACGACAGGAAAUGGCAAAAAGCCCGGCAGUUAUUUCUAUGUUCAGUACAGACUUAAAGGAACGGAGAGAUAUAUGAAUACCGCUAAAGAUGAGAAUCAGGACUCAUUGGUUGUUCCCAUCAGAGGCUUAGAAGAGGACAAGACAUACGAGAUCCGAGUGGUGGCCGUCGACGGCCAGUUUGAGACGCCCAGUGAGACACAGGAGAUCUCGUCCAGUGGUAUCAUUUCUCGUCCCGGUGCCGAUAGCACAGCUCAUUUGGCCAAUUUUGCACCAUGGUUCAUUGGGAUGAUGUGCGCCAUUGCCCUGAUUAUAGUGUUGGUUGUAUUGGUGUGUAUAGUGAAGAGAAAUAGGGGCGGAAAGUAUUCGGUGCACGAGAAAGAGGCGGCUCAGGGCCGCGAAGACUACGAAGAGGCGGGUUUUAAUGAAUACAAUAAACCUCUGGGAGGCGCCGGUGGGCCACACCAUCGGGGGAGUCGUCAGUCGCUGAACAACAGUCUACAUCAGGCAGAGAGUGAUACGGACUCAAUGGCCGACUACGGAGAGGGCGACUCAUCCAAGUUCGGCGAAGACGGCUCUUUCAUCGGUGAAUACGGACCUAAGAAGAGACGCGAAGAGGCGACGACUCCCAUGACUGGAAUCGCAACUUUUGUAUAA